AUGCGAGUUCUAGCUCUUCAGCUACUGGCGAUAUGCCAACUUGCUUCUGCAUCACCAUGCAAACCUUCUUCUUCUUCUGGUUCGGUGGCUUUGUCUACGAGUUCUGUUGAAGCUACGUCUGCACCCGUCAUUUCUUCUUCAACUGUCGCCGAUGCAACCGACACAUCUACGACUUUCUUCACCGAAUCAACUGCUGUGUCCGAGACUGAAACUGAAACUGCCACGACCCAGACUCGGACUGAGGCUAUUUCCGGCACUACUACUGAACUCGCCUCUGACUCAGCUACCUCAACCAUCUUGAUCACCACUUCAAGUGCUGAACCUACAACCACCACGACAUCUGCCUCAGAACCAACCAAUGUCCUCACCAACCCGGAUUUCGAGUCUGGAACCGUAAUGCCCUGGCACCCAGUCGGUCAAUUCGGCUAUAUCUCGAUUUCCGACGAGGAUACCCAUUCCGGUGACUUCUCCGGCUACUACGAUGCUGAUUCCGAAGAUCCUGUCGUCCUGGGCGUCGAUCAUCCCAUCGACUCUUCUUUGAUCGCGGUUGAUCAAGAGUACACAUAUUCAAUCUGGAUCAAGACUAUUAGGGCUGUUGCUUGUCAGACACGAAAGAUUACCUGUGGAGCCGGAGGUGGAUACAUCAAGAGCGAGGACUGGGCUGGGCCGAAUAAUGAGUGGACACAGUUUACUAUGAGCUGUACUUGGAGUGAGAUGUUUUUGGAAAUGGGGCCAAGUAUUCAGAUUAGAGCGGAGUGUCAGAGUUUGGAGAUUUACGUUGAUGAUGCUAUUCUCGUUGAGGCAAACUAG